GAGCUCUGCACGUCCCCCGCCUUCCUCUCUUCAUCGUCAUGACCGCCGCAACGUCCGGUCCUUUGUUGCGCCCGUUGCUGGCUGCCUGCUUCUCCGCCAGUGUGCAUGGCGGGUGCGUCAUUCGUGAGGUGGUGCAGCAGCAAGUUGCGCUCGACAUGGUCAACAAACAGGAGGGCGCGUACGAUCCGCAGACGGUAGCCGACCGCCGCUCACAGCAGCGAAUUAUCUAUGCACUACGUGAGACUUUCCCUCAGCUCACCAUUGUGGGCGAAGAGGGCGAGCUCGCUCCUCCAGCACCGAAAGACGUGGUGCAGUGCGACCUCAAGGCUCUCGAUGGCGUCACCUUCGACGGCGACGAAACACUGAACUGGGACGACCUCGUGCUGUGGGUUGACCCACUAGACGGCACUAAACGCUUCGCCGAUAAGAUGUACGACGAGGUGUCCGUGCUCAUCGGCAUCACGUACAAGAUGCGUCCCAUCGCAGGCGUCGUACAUCUUCCGUUUCAUGGCAAACACGGCGUCACCUAUUGGGGUGGUCCGGGCGUUGGUGUUUUCCGCAGCGAACACGAGGAGACGGAGGCUCAGACGACGCACGCCAAGUUCUCAAAGCCGUCGUCAGUGGUCCCAGAGCGUCCGCUAGUCUGCACGGUGUCAUCCACUAACUGCGACCAGGUGAACAAUGCUUUGCGGUUACUAGAGCCCGCUACUGUCUUGACGGGUGGCGCGACCGGCACUAUGGUGCUCGGCGUCAUCACCGGCCACAGCGACGUCUUCUUCCGGUUCAAAGCAGCCACUCGCAAGUGGGAUAUUUGUGCGGUCGAGCCGUUGAUCGAGGCACUCGGCGGCAAACUCACCGACACACAGGGCAACGUGUACGUGUACGACCAUAUCGCAAACGCGCCCGACUUUGACAACGAGCGCGGACUGAUCGCGUGCGUGGAAGCGAAGGCCCACAAGAGCGUAUUGAACGUCAUGGCCAAGGUUACUCUCACGAGUGCACUGGACGGUCGACAGGUGACGCCGCAGUGGUUUCAAGACUAUGUUUUCCCCGGACGGCAAGUGUCGGGUGUCGAUGUGGUGUCCGGUUCGAUCCACCGAGGCACACACUCUGCUGUGGCCAAGUUGGAGGUGCAGUUCACUGAUAAUGACAGCAAGACGACGCUGUUUCUUAAGAAAUCCGCGAGGAACGAGCUGCCGGCGAGAUCGGAGGCACACUGGAAGCGCGACAUCGCCUCAUAUCGCACCGAAGCGACGUUUUACGCCAAGUUCGCGACGUCGCUACAGUCUCGUGGUGUAUCUCUCGUCCGACCACUCGCAGUGUUCCAGAGUGAUGCUGCUGGCUGUUAUACCAGUAAUAUGGUGGCUAGCGAUACAGAGCAGGAGCAGGUAGCGACGUGUUCGAAGCCUGUAAACUUCAUGAUGUUGCUAGAGUGUCUCGGUUCAACGUCCUCUGACUCCUCACUUGGCAAGUACGAGGCAUCAGAUUGCCUUGAACUCGAUGACACCCGACAGGCUUUGACGUACCUCGCUACUUUGCACGCGUCAGCAUGGGGACAAGAGGAAUUGGUUGAAAGAGUUGGCUCUGAGCUCUGGUCGGCGGCGUGCUGGUGGGCGUUUCCGAAGCGAGGCGACAAGGAGCUCGCGCAAGCGUCCGACAUUUGGCCGCAGAUGCUUAGCAACUGGAAGACCGUCUUUGAGGCCGACUCGUCUUUGCCGUCGACUACAGAGCUCGAAUCGCUGGGAGAACGCAUGGUCGAAAAUGCCGCGUAUAUCAGUCGUUGUCUGUCCGUGGAUACCGACACCAACGCUGCGUUGAGUACUGUAGUACACGGGGACUUCAAGAGCGCCAACCUGUUCUUUGAAACGCAAUCUCGAGAGGUCAUCGCGUUCGACUGGCAAUGGACUGGCGUGGGUCUCGGCGCCAUGGACGUCGCAAACCUGCUCAACACGUCGGUGAACAUCUCUCUGCUCAGCGACGAGAAGGAGCUGGAGCUGCUGCAUUUCUACUACGAGCGUCUGCACGAAAGACUGCAGGCGCUCGGCGUCACGGCGGACUACCCGUUCCAAGCCUUUCAGCGGCACUACAUGCUGGCCACGCUCGAGUACGCGCGUCUUCUGAUCUCCAACUUCUGGAAACGUAUGACACCGCCAAGUUGCGAGGCUAAAGCCAGCAACGCCAACUGUGGACUCGGGUACCGAUCCAUCCCGCACGUCUUGCGGAUGGUGCGUAAGCUGCACGAAGGUUUGGAUCAAGUCAACUCGGAGCGUCUGAUGGCAUAAUUUACGUGUUCCUUUUAAUGGAUCUAAAAACGUUCUAACUU